CUGUAAAACGAGUGAAGAAGAAAAAGAAACUUCACAGUGUUUGAGAUAGAUGCAUUGAUGUUUUUACCCCUUUUCAUAUAUGACUGUUUUUCUUUAAUCUUUACUUAUUGAAUAAAGCUCAAGUAGGAUUAUUUGAGUCACUGAAAAGCAGCAGAUCUUUAUUUUCUCUUAUUGUCAAAAGCCCAAAGAGUCUUCCCCUCAGAAUUAAAAAUGGCCCCGAUUAUUGAAUGGAUUUCUAAAGUGAAGGAACUACUGAAACAAAGCCCUCUGGCAGCAAAUUCUUGUUUUGGAUUAAUCCUCUUUGUUCUGGAGAAAAUCGUGGAGAUUGAAUUUGUAUGUCCUUGCAAACCUACAUGGAAUCCUUGGCAUGUUUCAGCAUUUUUUGUUGUUCCAGCAGUGAUAGUCUUCGUGCUUAUAAGUUACAUUCAAAGCUGUGGGUUUAAGCAAUACUCCUGUGAAGCUUUCAUGAAAAGUUUAGUUCCUACCAUAUUGUGGCUGAUUUUGCUGUUUCUUGAUGGUCGAUAUGUUGCCUGUGCACACACAUCCUGGUCAGGAAAAUAUGAAAUUGACAACGCUUCAUUGAAUAGAUGGUGUAAUCCAUCAAACUCAACUGAAGGCUCACUGACCGACACCCAGGCAUAUUACGCUUAUUCUCAGUACGCAGGAAUCAUGGCAGCAUUAGGACUGGCUGUUGUCUAUUUUGGCUACCUGUGCAUCAUCUGCAAAGAUCAGAAGAAUACAAAUGAGACCACCAAUGUUAACGAGCUGGAAAUGUUUUCACCAAAGCUGGACGGGAUUGUACCAAAGCCGGACGAGAUUGUACCAAAGCCGGACGAGAUUGUACCAAAGCCGGACGAGAUUGUACCAAAGCCGGACGAGAUUGUACCAAAGCCGGACGAGAUUGUACCAAAGCCGGACGAGAUUGUACCAAAGCCGGACGAGAUUGUACCAAAGCCGGACGAGAUUGUACCAAAGCCGGAGAAUCCAAUCCACUGAUAGAAAAGAAAUCUUGUGAUACACAAAGAUACACAGGAAAUCUUGGCUAAAGUUGGGGGUAAACUUUAUUUUGGAAAACAGGUCUUGCCAGACAGGAAUAAGUCUAAUUAUGAGCUGAGUAGUUUCAGGAAAUCUUAUUUUGAUCCACUCCAAUAGACUGUUUCUGCUCCCCAAGCAGUGCAGUAAAAGUUCUGUUUAAAUAAAGGUGUUUUAUACAAGUGUAAUGAUGUGAAAACAAUUAUAUGAUUUAAGCUACAGUAUGCAGAGAAAUACUUACCAUACUAUUUGUAAAAGUAUCACAUUCAUUGCUGUGUGUAUGAGAGUAAACAAAGCUUAAAUAAUCUUUAACUGUAUGUUUGUGUGUCUGAUAUGUUUUUUUUUUUUCUUUUUUUUUUUCUUUUUUUUACAAUGGGAACUAUAAUUUCUUAAACUUAGUAUUCAUUAGCACAUCUAUCUAAAAGUAGAACUUGAUUUUGUAUAUAAUUUCAGAUUGUAAUAAUACAUUUAACUUGAUUUUCAUAUGUUAUACUGCUUGUGGUCAACAGUUUCUAUUUAGUUAUAUUUCAUAUUUGUGUAUUGUGUGUAUACACUCAAGUACCUAACUGUACCUUUAGAGGAACAAUGGAUGGUUUCUGGGUUGGUACCCUCAACGGUACUGCUGUUGUGUCCUCAACAGUGGACAAUUAUUUCAAUCCUUGCAGUUUGUACUUUAUAAAAACAGGUUUGUUAAAUUAGGUGCAGUUAUCUCCAGCCGUGGUCCUCAAAGCCCACUAUUCUGCAGGUAAUAGAUUAUUUCCUGCUGCAACACACUUGAUUCGAAUUAAAUGGAUUUCUAACAACCUCUGCACAAGUCUGUUACUGAGCCAUUAAUGUGAGUCAGGUGUGCUGAUGCAGGGAAACAUUGAAAGUCUGCAGGACAGUGGGCCUUGAGGACUGGAGUUGGAGAUCCCUGAAUUAUGGUACAAGACAACCCCCACAGGUACAAUACUGGUAUAUCUGCAGUACCACUGAGGGUGUCACACCAAUAUCCAAUCCUUUGUACUUCUAAAGGUAUAAUUAGAUGCACUGUUGUAUUCAGUGUUGUUAAUAUUUGCCACUGUCUUUGCUGUGCUGCACCCUUGUACCCUGGUGUUUUACCUGUACAGUAUUACAGUUGUGUGGCUCUGAACAACUUGAAAGUUCAAAAAUAAAUAUUUACUCCAUUUUUAAAUUUUAUUUUGCUGUUUUAGAUUACCCAUUCUGUCAAGUAAAUGCAAAAGUAAUGCUUAAGAAAAUAAAAAGUAAAACACA